GCCGAGGCAGCCGCGAGGAGACCGCGCAAACAGCACUGGGCCGCGGUUCUGCGUCGGUGUCCUCUACUGGGGGCGGGAUCAGACAUGAUAGUGGUACACUAGGUGACGGGCGCGAGGCCCACAAUUUUUUGGACGGGCACCCGAGAGACGACGACGACUCAAGACGCACAACAGCAAGAAAAAAUCUUGGUGUAAAGCAGUCAAAGACGCGUGGAACUGUUGCUUUCUCUUUGGGUGGCAAUGACGGCCAGCGAGGGUCUCAGUUCGGAAUUCGCGACCGCAUGAAGAAAAGCGUGGGUGGCCUGAUGCGUUUCCUGGUUCGAGGCGGUCGGAGCAAGAACCAGCCCGCUUCAUUACCGGUAUCAGCGAGCGCAGCGUCGGCGCUUCAGCCUCAAAGUACGUAUUUGGCGGCUGCUGGCGAUGCAGCAACUCCUGCGCCGCGAUCAUCAGACGGCAAAGAAUCAAACGAAGAUGCAGAUGGGGCGAGACCCGCGAGUAUAGUAAAGGACCGAAUAACCAGAGACUCGGCGGCGGAGGCGGUUCCUCCAGAAGCCUCUGACGAUCUGCGAAUGAGCGCCGUAUCCUCGGUAUCAUCGCGCGGGCCUAGUCACGCCAGGAGCCGCAUGUUCAACACCGCAUCGACCCUUCCAAACAGCCUCCGUGGGCGAAUGACCUUUGUCACUCCCCAUGACAAGCUCUUGCCCCGCGCGAAGAUGGCCUCGCG